AUGGCCCGGGUCGCCUACCGAUUUACCUUCCUCGACGUGCUCCUGGAGGGCGAGGACCGGGCUCAAGAAUCCCACGGCUGCAGGGGAGGCCGCGCGCACAGCGCCCCUCCGCGAGGUGAGACGGAGACAGGGGCUAGCACGGAGGAGGCAGGGUUUGGCGCAGAGGCUGGGAUGCGCCGCUACGCGCAGUCGCUGCCGAAGCCAAAAGGGGGCCUACGAGGACCCGAGAAUGUUGGAAGCUUGGGGCACCCUCUCCUCUGCCAGCGCGCCUGUGUGCACGCUGCGGCGGGCAGACACUGCGAGGCGGGUGACGGCUGCGAGUUCUGCCACGUUCCCCACACACGCGGCAUGAAGCUCGAUGGGCACCUGCACCGCCACAUGGAAGCGAUGUCCAAGGCCGACUUCCUCUGUGUGACCCUCCGGCUGCUCCGCAACAAGGCCCAUGCUGCAGGGCUCCGAGACGAGGCCCUCGAGGCCCUCGAGGCCCUCUUCAGUGUUUUCACGAGUGAGCUCCAGCGUGAGAAGUCUGCGAAGUCUGAGAAGCCUGAGAAGUCUGAGAAGUCCCAGAACAGAGAGCCCGGGGAGUUGCUCCCAAACAAACCGUUUCCGCGACGCCUGCUGCGCUACCUUCUCCAAGCGAGCUUUGCCGCCGUGGUGAGCCUGGCGGCGAGAAAGUGUGGGGAGGAAGGGAGGUUGCAGGCUCGUGAGGCCAUGCAGGCCCUGCGCAUUGCCCAAGGUUUCGCGAACGGUUUCGCCGUGGCCACCACGAUUCUAUCAGAGUUCACGGGGCAAACAGCCCUGUUCCGUCCAGGAUUCGGCUGGCUCAAUUCUGUUUGCACCGUUUCUGUGUCCGUGCUGGACGGCUACUUUGGUUCUUCCGCGGAGUCGACCAGCAGUCCUCCCUCAGCGGCGCCGCCACCAUUUGCGGCUCCUGCCCCGGUUGCGGCAGCUGCGCCCGCAAUGGCGCCCACGGCUGCGCCUGCGCCCUUGGGUGCGCAACCCGCGACAGCACCGCCGGGGACAGCCGAGGAGCGCCGGAGCGACGGCCUCUCGCUGUUUUGCUUCGCCUGGACCCCACGUCGCGGCUACGACGAGCAGCUGCUAGUGGAGGUACGGAAGCAGUACGCCAAGUGCGACGGGCACGUGUUCUACACCGACAAAGACAGUGGUGGAGACGAGGAGCCAGACUUCGUCCGGGUCGAGCUGCCAACGCAGAAAGUCUCCCGAAACGACAAGGGCUGGCUCUACCACAGGAAUAUGGUGGGACUCAUGCCGGCGUGGUCGCACCUCCUUAGCUCGAGCUUCGUUGACGCCCACGACUGGUUCAUCAACAGCGAGCUGGAUCACUUCCUGAGCCCCGCCCGUGCACGAAAGAACAUCGCCCAGUACAAGGAGACUGCCAAGGCGGGCGACGACGAGCCGAUGGUCUUGAUGUGGGGCAAUGCAUUC